AAAAUAUAUAAAAAGUUUGAAAGUGUGGGUCUUCUUCUCGAACUUCCUGGGAAAGACACACGGCAAGGUCGCAAAAAUUCUGUAAAACCCCUUUUAACUCUGUCUUUUUGUCUAAAUAGCUGCGGAGUGUUCUCAUAUUUUCAGCUUUGUUUAAUGGCUACCUCGCUGGAUAUGCCCCUGGAUGAUAUGGUAAAACGAAAUAAGAGUGAGAGAGGCAGAGGACGACUCAGGCCGCUUCGCCGUGGCAGACCUUCUGCUGCUGCUGGUGGUGCUGGUGGUGCUGGAAGAAUGACCCUUGCUACUCGUCGAGGUCCUCUUGCUGUUAAUGCCCGCCCAUCCCAACAUUCCAUUGCCAAGUCUUCCCACUGGACCAGGAGCUUGCCAUGGCAGCAUGAUUUGUUUGAAGACAGCCUUAGAGCUGCUGGGAUAUCAGGAGUAGAAGUUGGCACCAAGUUAUAUGUUUCCAACUUGAAUAUCGGAGUCACAAAUGAAGACAUCAGGGAACUCUUCUCUGAAAUUGGAGAGCUGAAAAGAUAUGCGGUUCAUUACAAUAAAAACGGUCGGCCAAGUGGUUCAGCUGAAGUUGUUUAUCUUAGAAGGAGUGAUGCAUUUGCUGCUCUUAGGCGGUAUAACAAUGUACUGUUGGAUGGAAAACCCAUGAAAAUUGAAAUUGUCAGUGCCAAGGCCGAAGUCCCUAUUUCAGCUCGCGUAAAUGUAACUGGAAUAAAUGGAAGGAGGAAGAGGACUGUUGUUAUGACGCCUGGAGCUGGUCAGUUGAGAAGCGCUGCUGGAAUUAAUCGUGGGCUUAACCGUCGUGAGGGUAUGAGGAGUGGCCGUGGUGGUGCUCGCGGAAGAGGCCGUGGCCAUGGAAAAAAGAAGGUUAUGGAGAAGUCAGCAGAUGAACUUGACAAGGAGCUGGAGAAAUAUCAUGCUGAAGCCAUGAACGUUUCUUGAAUUUCAAACCAUCAUAAGAAUUUAACAUAUUAUUUUGGCUUCUUAGCUGUACAAAAGUGGUUUGGGACCGUGGUGAUUUUAGUUUUGUGUCGUACUUUGCGUACCAGAUUGUUUGUUUAGUUAUUUAGAUAGAUUUUCAAGCUUGGUUAAAAGUGGUUUAGAACUUGGUAUGUGAUACAAAUUCAGUAUCAAGGUCUGUCAAGUGCUGCUUGAUUGCAAUUAU